UUCUCAGAGAGCUUUCUCACCUGUUUCCCAGCAGAAAAGCUUAAAUUAUGCAGGUUUUUUAACAAUCAGCCUAAUUGAAAUUUCAAAUCUGUCGAGGGGAGAUGUAAAUGGAAUGCAACACACAGCGUGGAGGAUGUGACGAUCGUGUGGCUGAAUACUCGCUAUCUAAUUAGAUUAGGCAAAGUUGAUUAGAGGUUCCUCUUAUGUUUUUUGGAGGCCAAGGGAGCUUGUCGAUUCUUUGUUUGUCAGAUAAAUUUACUCGGAAAGCUUUGCUUCUCGUUCGGUGGUUGGCAUUUUUUAACAGACUGUGUCAAUUAUAGGCCCCCACCUCAAACACAACGAAUAUGCAGAAGCCACAACACGGAAUGUGCUGGAUGUUGCUCCUUUUGGGUUCGCUGAUCGCUACUUUUAUGCUGGCCUUCAGCUAUUGGAUGUUUGUGCCCAGCGAUGUGCAAUUUUGGUCCAUAAUAUCAAGGAACAACACUGGUUCGGGAAUUAAGUUUUCCUUUCCGCCGUCUUCGAUGCCCGAGGAACUCAAGCUCAGGCAACGACCCCCGUUCGUUUAUCAAAUACUACAUUAAUUGGA